AUGUCAAUGAAAACCAAGAUCAAGUCAUUUUUUGGCCCUAAUAGACAAUAUGCUGUUGCUGGUGCAUCCAACAACCCUUCUAAGUUUGGGUACAAGAUUUUGAAUUGGUAUGUGAAGCACAAUUUAUCCGCUAUUCCAAUUAACCCGAAGGAGCAAGAAAUUUUGGGUCAACCAGUUGUGUCAAACGUCACCCAAAUUAUCAAGGCUAUCGAAGACCACAGGAACUUGAGUGAGUACAAAACUUCUAGCGUUGAUGGGUUGAGUAUUUCGUUCUUGACUCCACCGCCAAUAACUGUGGCAACUUUGAAAGAAAUCUCCAACAUCGAAGGUUACAAGUCGGUGAUUAAAGGGUUGUGGUUCCAACCAGGUAGCUAUGACCAAGAGGUAUUGGACUUAGCUGAACAGUUGGGGGAGUUUGAUAAAGUUAUCGAGGAAGAUGAGUGCAUUCUAGUCAGAGGAGAAGAAGGUUUGCUCUCGGCAAAUUUGUAA